AUGAUUGCCCAACGAGCGGCCGCUGCUUCCCGAGGCUGUGCCAACACUUCGGACAAUUGGUCACGGCUGGACCAGAGGACGCCGGGAGGGGGAAGGGAGGGCGGCCGGUGGCCAGCAGGCUCUCAGCCCCUCGAACCUGUGUGUAACAUUAAAACGAGCCCUAGGAGGCCCUUGCAACCCCAGGCCUGGCCUAGGCUGUGGCAUCGAUCUCUCCUAGAGGGGGGUCCCCGGGACUGGAAUCGGGGCCUUCCCGCUGCGGCUUUCGGGGCUCCCGACCCCAACCAACCUGCUCACUGCGGUUCCCCUAAGGCUGGAGCCGGGGCGGGGCGAGGAAGCCGAGGGGAGGGCUCCUGGGUGGGCGGAGGCGGGGGAGAGCGGGGCUGGCGGCGGCACACGGGGCGGGGAAGGGCGGGUCCCCGAGCGGGCGCAGCCAAUGAGGCCCCUCGGUUCUCGGAAGCGGAAAUGACGGAGCCUGCGGAAGGAAACCGGCCCGGGCCGUUGCCGAGGGGACGGACCCGGGCAGGUGCCAACAUGGCAGCGGCGGGCGCGGGCGGAGGGGACGCGGCGGCAGGGGCAGCGGCUGGAACCGUCGGGCCGCCGGGGGGGCACCACCAACCUGGGCUGCCCAGCGCAAGUCAGCACCGGUGGUUGAAGCAGGCAUCGCUGGCGGUGCUGGUGGUGCAGAACGCGUCUCUGAUCCUGAGCAUCCGGUACGCUCGGACCCUGCCCGGGGAUCGCUUCUUCGCCACCACCGCCGUGGUCAUGGCUGAAGUGCUGAAGGGAGCUACCUGUCUGCUGCUGCUGUUCGCACAGAAGAGGGGGAACGUGAAACAUUUUGUGCUGUUCCUCCACGAAGCUGUCCUGGUCCAGUACGUGGACACGUUGAAGCUGGCAGUGCCCUCCCUCAUCUAUACUCUCCAAAACAAUCUGCAGUAUGUGGCCAUCUCCAAUCUGCCAGCUGCCACCUUCCAGGUCACAUACCAGCUGAAAAUCCUUACCACAGCCCUGUUCUCAGUCCUCAUGCUCCGCCGGAGCCUGUCCCGCCUGCAGUGGGCCUCCCUGCUCCUGCUCUUCCUGGGUGUGGCCCUCGUCCAGGUCCAGCAGGCAGGUGGUAGCAAUGGGUCACCACGCCCAGGGGGCCAGAACCCUGGCGUGGGGCUGGCAGCUGUGGUGGCUUCAUGCCUGUCAUCAGGCUUUGCUGGCGUUUACUUUGAGAAGAUCCUGAAGGGUAGUUCAGGGUCGGUGUGGCUGAGGAAUGUACAGCUGGGCCUCUUUGGGACUUUGCUGGGCCUGGCAGGGCUGUGGUGGGCAGAGGGUGGGGCCGUGGCCAGUCAAGGCUUCUUUUUUGGCUACACGCCAGCCGUGUGGGGGGUGGUGCUGAACCAGGCCUUCGGUGGCCUGCUCGUGGCUGUGGUGGUCAAAUACGCGGACAACAUCCUCAAAGGCUUCGCCACCUCCCUCUCCAUUGUCGUUUCCACAGCAGCCUCCGUCCGCUUGUUUGGCUUCCAGGUGGAUCCACUCUUUGCACUUGGGGCUGGUCUGGUCAUCGGGGCCGUCUACCUCUACAGCCUGCCCCGAACUGCUGCCGCGGUCACCCCUCCCCCUCAGAACACAGCACCGCUGGCCAGUGGCCGCCAUGCGGACCCCGAGGAGGAGCCCUUCCUGCCCAAGCUGCUGGCCAAGGAGAAGGGGUCGUAGCCACCCCCUUGUCUGAUUGGGGGACCGAAGAUUCCCAGCACCUCCCAUGUCUGCUCUGAGGAUCCCCUGGUCCUGUGGCUUCCCUGUGGAACUGGAGGCAGCUUCUUCAGUAUUAAGGCGUUAAACAUUUUCUUCCCUCCCCCCAUCCCUCUGCUUUUCGAAGUUUGGGCUGGGGGGAUUCAAGGUCUUCCCCUCUAACUCCCUAGGUUAACACUACUGACCUCUGGUCCUCUCCCGUUCAUUGGCUGAGACUUCUACAAAGUAUCGAUGGAGCCAAGUUCUGUAGGGAAUAUUUCCUCUGAAAAUAAAUUUGUAACAGCUUCUUC